UUUUCCACCGACCCUCCCCUCUCCUCCCACAAGAGCCCGACCCACUCCGCACGGCACGCCCCCCGUGCUGGUGGUAGUGGCGCCAGCCACUUCCUUCCUCCUCCAGCUUCGCCCGCCUCCCUAACCACCGCUGCUCACCCCAUAUAGUUAGCUGAAACUGCCAUUUCAAGUACUUCCUGGUCACCCUUGCCAUAAUUGAUCAGCCUCCUGUUCCUGCUUGGCACCUACAUUUAAAAUUGCUGGAGCGGUUCGAUUUCGUAGCAGAUCACCAGUGUCCGAUGGCUUCUUUGGUCAGCUCGUCGGCUUCAGUUAUUGCUCUGUCGCUCGUGACCCUGUCAUUCUUUCAAGGGGCGGUGGCCGGGGUGACGUUCACGUUCACGAACCGGUGCGGCGGCACGGUGUGGCCGGGGGUGCUGGCCAACUCGGGCAGCUCCCCGCUGCAGACGACGGGGUUCGCGCUGGGCGCCGGCGAGACGCGGUCCCUGACGGCGCCGGCUGGGUGGUCGGGCCGUUUCUGGGCGCGCACGGGGUGCGCCUUCGACGCGUCCGGCAAGGGGUCGUGCGCGACGGGGGACUGCGGGUCGGGCGAGGUGGAGUGCCACGGCGAGGGCGCGGCGCCGCCGGCGACGCUGGCGGAGUUCACGCUGGGCGGCAGCGGGGGCAAGGACUACUACGACGUGAGCCUGGUGGACGGGUACAACCUGCCCAUGGUGGUGGAGGCGGCGGCGCCCGGGUGCCCCGUGACGGGGUGCCUGGUGGACCUCAACGAGCAGUGCCCCGCGGAGCUGCGCGCCGGGCAGGGGCAGGCGCGGGCGUGCCGCAGCGCGUGCGAGGCGUUCGGGAGCCCCGAGUACUGCUGCAGCGGCCAGUUCGGGAACCCGGACACGUGCAGGCCAUCGGUGUACUCGCAGGUGUUCAAGGCGGCGUGCCCGCGGUCAUACAGCUACGCCUACGACGAUGCCACCUCCACCUUCACCUGCACCGGCACCGACUACUCCAUCACCUUCUGCCCGCCGCGCGCCGGGACGCCCAGCAGCCAAAAGGCGACCAAGGAUCCCUCGCCGAGGCCCAACGACGUGCAGCUCCAGGGAGACUCGUGGCUGGCGAGCCUGGCGACCGGCGAGAUGGACGGCGCGACGUCGACGGCGGUGGCGUCGUUGCGGCUCCCGGCCGCAUUAGCAGCGGCCGCAGUCGUUGCAUUGCUUGUAUGACCGAAUUGGCUGCCAGCCCUUGCGUGGCGAGAAGGCGGCUCCUCAUCGUCAGCGGGAGCGGCCGGAAUUGCUUUGGGAAUUCAAUACAGGAUUGGAGCAUGUAGGAUGAGGACGUGAAGCAUAUUCUUUUUAGCCUUUUGUCUUGUGGAUAGAGGGGUUGACAAGGUGGCAACUACACCUUCUAGUGCUACUGCAAUUGUGUCUGUCAACAAACACGCCCUGCAUUAGUUUAUUUUCGAUCUCUUAAGCAACACAUGUCACCCAGUUCCCCUUUUUUUGUAUAUAUACAUUGUUUCUUUAUUUCCGUCUCCUUUUUUUUCUCUUCUUGUCACAUGCAGUAGUCUAAGUAGAAUAGUACAGUAAGAUUUAGCCCAUCUUCUCGUCCUGUCUUGAUGCGUUUUACCUUUUUGUUGAAAGUUUGAGAUAUGAAUGACAGCAACUCCUUUGACCUUC